AUGAACGUCACUUUAAAAUGUCAUGGCAGGGUUAAAGGAUUUUGUAUUUUUGAAAAUUGUUAGAAUCCACGAAUUUUUUGUUUAAAGUGCAUGAAAGAUCAUAAUCAUAAUAUGCAUGAUGACGCUGAGCCUUUCUUUGUAGAAAUUGAGGAUUUAGAAAAAUGGUUAUCAGAUAAAUUUUAAAUUUCAUAAUAACUUGUAGAGGAAUUAGUUAAACUAUGCAUAAAUAUAUAGAAAAGUUUCACAACAUUUAAAAAAUAUAUAAAUCAAUUUGAUUUCAAUCAUAAUAACUCAGAUGUAACACAACUUUCUUUAACUCAAUUGAAUAAUAUCAUAAAUCAUGAUAUUAUAUUAUCAAAAUAUUCUACUUAUAUUUAAGAUCUAAUAUUACCUUUUAGUUUAGAAUUUGAAAGAAUAUUGAAUCUACAAACUCAAAAUAAAAAGGUAAAUUAUAAAAUUUAUUUAGAAUGAUGAGAUAGAUUUAAAAUAAAAAAUAUAAGAAUUUUUAAAAAUUGGUUUUUUUUUAUUAUAUAAUUAAGGUGAUAUAUUAAGAGGACAUGAAUAUUAUAAAGAAGCUACCAAAAUAUAUGAAGUAGCUUCAUAAUUAAACAAAAAAGAAUAUUUAGCUUUAUGGAAUAUUGGUAUUAUUUGAAAUAUUUUUCAUAGCUGAUUGCCUAAAGAAAUAAAGAUAGUUUGAUGAAGCCAUUUUAUAUUAUAAAUAGGCACUUGAUUGCACAAGUUAAAAUAAAGAAGGUUCAUUUUUAGGAAUUGGUUUUAGGAAAUUAUAUAAUUAGGGUUGUGCUUACUUGAGAGUAAUUAAUUGGACGAUGCUGAAAUUUAUUUGAACAAAGCCUUAGCAGUUAAUCCUAACAUUUAAGCUGCAAAGUUUGGAUUAAGUAAUAAAUGUGAACAUAAAUUAGAUGAAAUAAAGAGCAG